AUAGCCAGCAGCGACGUACCGCCAGGCUGGCAGUGUGCCGGUGGUCCGCAUCAGCUGUGGUCUUGCACACGAGUGCUCAGAUAUAAUGAAGCCUCAUCUUCUGGUGUCGUCGACUCUCGCCAACACGUGGUAGGCAUGACAUGCAGUGCGAUGCCGAGCGGGCAGCGCAGUUGCGCUACUGGCUCCGUGCCGAAUGGCUUGCCACUGAUGGUGAAGUGCGUGUCAACAAUUCGGUACGAGUUGAGUGGUGGCCAGAUACAGGGGACAGUCGUGCAGUUUGUGAGGUAGAAGAACCUGCAAGUAAGCAGUCAACUGCUGAGUGGACAUGGAAUUCUUUUGCUGGACUGUGCCUGUUAAUAACACUGGUCCUUCUGCUAUCACAUGUGGCGGUUCGAAGAUUGCGAGCUGUUCCAUUCCGAGCGGCAUCAUCGAGAGCAACAGCAACACUUGAAACGGCACAGCCAGAACUUGCAGUGGUUUCACACUCUAGAAGCACUAAACGACGACGAUUCGCAUCUGCUCCGGCACGACUGCAGUGGUCAGAGCCGAGAAGCCCAUUAACGACUGAUGUUAGCGUUGGACCAGAUGAAAUUUUAGGUUCAGAUGAUGAUGAGCAAGAAGAUCCAAAAGAUUACUGCAAAGGAGGUUAUCAUCCUGUGAAAAUUGGUGACCUGUUUCAUGUACGAUAUCACGUUGUUCGGAAACUGGGCUGGGGUCAUUUUUCAACUGUAUGGCUGUGCUGGGAUCUAGCGACCAAACGAUUUGUAGCUUUGAAAGUUGUGAAGAGCGCUGCCCAUUAUACGGAUACAGCAUUGGACGAAAUAAAGUUGCUCAAAGCAGUUCGUGAAACUGACGUCAAUGAUCCAAAACGAGAUAAAACUGUUCAGCUGUUAGAUGAUUUCAAAAUCCAUGGAGUGAAUGGAACACACAUAUGUAUGGUGUUUGAAGUGUUGGGCCAUAAUCUUCUGAAGUUAAUAAUUAGGAGUAAUUAUCAGGGUAUUCCAUUACAGAAUGUAAAAACGAUAAUCAGGCAGGUUUUAGAAGGCCUAGAUUAUUUGCAUGUCAAGUGCAAAAUAAUACACACAGAUAUUAAGCCAGAAAAUGUGCUUCUGUGUGUUGAUGAAAGUUACAUACGAAAACUAGCUGCAGAAGCUACCCAAUGGCAUAAAAUGGGUUUGAAGCUCCCUGGGUCAUUAGUGAGUGCUGCUCCCAAGGAAUUUCAAGCUCAGAGCCCUAACACGGCUGUGAAAAUUUCCAAAAAUAAGAGGAAGAAAAUGAAGAAAAAAGCUCGAAGGCAGGCAGAAUUGGAGAGGGAAAUAGAAAAGUAUGAAUUAAUAGAAAACAAGUCUGUUGACAAGAGUGCUGGAUAUGUUGAACUGGAGGGUGAUAGCAAUGGGCAUAGUGCUAAUGAAUGUGAAGAAGAACUAACUGCAAUUCAGGAGACAUCUGUGGACGAUGUUGUUACGAGUUUGUCACAGUUGACUCUUGAAGAUAGGAUAUCACCAGCUCGGUCAAAUAUUAUGAUAGUGGAAGACUGUGCUAUUCUUGAUCCCAGGCGAGCUGUUGUCACUGAGGUACCAUGUCCUGAACCUCAGGUGAAACAACCUUCGUAUCCUGAGGAGCCCUCAAACGUGACAGCUGAGAAGCCGGUGGAAGGGUGUGCUGAUCAGAAGACAAAUUUCGAGAGUAAUAAAAUUGAUCCAAAUGAGAAAAGUGAAGUUCCUCAAGUGGAAGUUUCCCCUGAGGUUGAAACUGAAACACGUAGUGUGUGUAAUGGCCACAAUACUGAAUCUCAGGACUCGGACAAUGGUAAGAAGAAACCUACGCUUAGAUGGAAUAGAAACAGUGGAAGCUCGGACGAAUCUGAUACUCGUCAAGAGAAAGAAGAGGACAAAGCAUUCCGGCGUGUUGCAUCCUGUCCUGAUACAAAAAAUCUGGCAAGAACACCUGACCCUGUUCAUGAAGUAUGUGAUAUUAAAGUGAAGAUUGCUGAUUUGGGCAAUGCCUGUUGGUGUUACCAUCAUUUUACAGAAGAUAUUCAAACUAGACAGUACCGCUGUUUAGAAGUUCUCCUGGGUGCGGGAUAUGGAACUCCUGCUGAUAUAUGGAGCACCGCAUGUAUGGCAUUUGAGUUAGCAACAGGGGAUUAUCUGUUCGAGCCGCACUCUGGAGAUGACUAUACCCGUGAUGAAGACCACCUGGCACAUAUUAUAGAGCUUUUGGGACCGAUUCCAAGGCGUAUAAUCUUCUCUGGCAAACAUUCUCGUGAAUUCUUCAGCCGGAAAGGUGAGCUACGCCGAAUUACAAAACUGAAGCCUUGGGGUCUUGUUGAAGUACUGACUGAAAAAUAUUCUUGGGAUCACAAGAAGGCAAAAGCAUUCGCAGAUUUCCUUACACCGAUGUUAGCAUAUGACCCGCUUGAACGAGCAACCGCAGCUGAUUGUUUACAACAUCCGUGGCUGAAUUCAUAAGUCGUGGAAUUCCGUCCAUAGCAUUAAAGAAAACUGGUACUUUUUCAGAUUGUAAACUGAGAUCUCCAUGUAAUUAUGUUUUGAUUUUUCUACAUAUUUUGAUCUUACUUCGGAAAUGUGUAUUACCAUAUUUAUGUAUCUGCAUAAUCAUGAUGUGCACGGUUCUUUUGUAAUGACAUUCGAUAAAUUCUGAGAUUUGAUGUUUUUAGAAUGAAAACAUAUACACCUGACAUUGUGUUGGAAAUGUUAGUUGACUGUCUGCAGCUUUAGGAAUUCCCAUAAACUAAGCUGCUUAGUGAAGAUUGGAACAUAGUUUUGCACAUGAUUUUUACUGCUGAAAUCUGGAAAUUUAGAAACCCAAUGACUUGUACUGACACUAUUAGAUUAAGUGUCAGGCUUUGUCUGUCUUAAAAGAUAUGGUUGAUUACCUGCUAAGGAGUACAUUAUUUUUGUAGGAAAUGUUUAAUCAAGAUAAAGGGACCUAACUGGAAAGUAAGCAUUAAUGAGUCAGUCAUUUUGCCCUUUUCAUUUUUCUUAAAUUUUUGUUUGUUCUCAGUUACUUGCAGCCACUUGCAGUGCAACAACUGAAGACUUGUUCAUUUGAAGGCCCAUCACUGCUCCAAAAUUAAAUUUGUUACAAAUUACAGUAACAUAAUGGAAAGUCCACAAUUUGACUGUGUAUUUAAUUUUGUCACAAUUCUUACCCACUGUAACUCAUUGGAAAGAAAACAACAUUUUAUAAAACAAGUUUAUGCUCAGUUUCAGUUACAUUUUCUGAUGUUUUAACACACUUCAACGUAAAACACAGAAUUUGAGGAGAAUUAAACAAUUUUUGCUGUAAUUACGCCCAGAAAGUGUUCACACACACACACACACACACACACACACACACACAAAC